AUGGUCGCGGGCCUGACCCGGGAGCUGCGGCCCGCGGACUCACAGCGCCCGGCGAGGGAGGCGCCGAGCCACGGACAGGGGCGGAACGCGUCCCGGCGUUGCCCUGGAAACCGGAGAGUCGCGGGGGGCAGGGCCGGGGCGGCGGUCUCGCGUGCCGGCGGGAACCGAACCCCGCCUCAGGGCGGCGGGCAGGGCUCCCCUGAAGGCGCGAAGCCCGUGCAGCACCAGCCGGAGUCUGGUGCCCAGCCCGCCGGGAGGCAGCCUCGGGGGACCCGGAGUGGGUGGUUUUACGGUGUUAGCGGGGCGGCUUCCGGGAGGCGGAGCUCGGGCCGCUGUUUCCUCCCUCAGCUCAGCUGCGCUCCGGUGGCGUCAGGCCCCGCGCACGCUGCAGGCCUCCACCAGCCUUGUCCCAGCGGCGGCAUGAUCGGUGUCCGGCACGCGAGCUGGGUGGCGGCGGGCCUGGUCCUGGGGGCCGGCGCCUGCUACGGCAUUUACUUGCUGACGCGGGGCCGGCGGCGCGGUGGCCGCGGGCUGGGGCCGCGCCGCUCGGGAUCAGCUGAAGACUUAACCAGUGGUUCACAUGAUGAUGUCCUAAAUGCCAGCCAACUCCAGAAACUUCUUUACCUGCUCGAGUCCACUGAAGACCCUGUCAUUACUGAAAGAGCUUUGGUCACUCUGGGUAACAGUGCAGCCUUUUCAGCUAACCAGGCCAUUAUUCGUGAAUUGGGUGGUAUCCCAGUUGUCGGAAACAAACUCAACAAUCCCAACCAGAGCAUUAAAGAGAAAGCCUUAAAUGCACUAAAUAACCUGAGUGUGAAUGUCGAAAAUCAAGUCAAGAUAAAGAUGUACAUCCAUCAAGUCUGUGAGGAUGUCUUGUCUGGCCCCCUGAACUCCGCUGUACAACUGGCUGGACUAAGACUCUUAACAAACAUGACCGUGACCAACGACCACCAGCACAUGCUGAGCAGUUACAUUACAGACCUGUUCCACGUGCUACUCGCUGGAAACGGACACACCAAGGUUCAAGUUUUGAAACUGAUUGUGAAUUUGUCUGAAAAUCCAGCUAUGACAGAAGGACUGCUUACUGCCCAAGUGGACUCAUCAUUCCUUGCUCUGUACGACGGCCACGUGGCAAAGGAGAUUCUUCUUCGAGUCCUUACACUGUUUCAGAACAUAAAUAACUGCCUCAAAACGGGAGGCCGCUUAGCCGUUCGGCCACCCUCCCCUCAGGGCUCACUGUCUCUCCUGUUGUACGGAGAAGAGUGUGCCCAGAAAAUGAGAGCGCUGGCUUCUCACCAAGAUGCGGACGUGCAAGAGAAGGCCGUGACAAUCAUACCAGAAUUCUGAUGGCUCGGUCCUGUUUUUCCAAGGAAUAUUGCAGUCUGGAAGCAACGUACGUCCACCUAUUUUCCAUUUUCCUGGUACGGGCUUCCAGCUUCUGAAGUUAACCAGUAAAUAGCAUAUUUCAUCAUUUGCACACUACAGAUUAAGCAUCCCUCAUUUAACGUGCUUUAAAAAUUCAGAUUUGGGGGCAUUUUUAAGGUUUUAAGAUUAGGCAUUCUCAACAAUGAAGUUUAUGCAAGUAAUCCGAAAAUCUCCCAGAGAGAAACACUCAGGUCACGAGUGUUUUGGAAAAGGAAUACGUGUAUGUUACCAUGGUCUUCAGGUUUAUUUUGGACCAUUUUAUUGAAUAUCACAGCCUGCAUGGAUAUCACCUGGUUUUGCUUUGCUUACAGGAAGGGGCGGUGGCCUUUUCGUGUAUAAGCUGCCCUCUGCUGUUGGGGUGAUCUGUGGGUAACCCUCUGAGACAGCACUGGCACGUGACCAAUCCUUGUUUUACAGCUGCCCCGGGAAUGACCUUGUUCUUUCAGGAGCAGUGAGAUCCUGAGCUCCGGAGUCCACCUGGCGACCCAGCCAUACUGCUUUCAAGAGGCCUGUUGCAGGCAUGAAAAUCCAUUCUCACCACUUCCUGACAAUGAAAACUCCACUCUUGGUAGAAAGAGUUUCUUAGGUGCUAACCCCCUGCCAUUCAGUGUGCCAGAAGGUAAAGAUGUCACAUGCAGACUACUGGGAUUAAUCAAAAUGUGCAUCCAUAAGCAACUGGCUGUAUUAGUUACCCCAUUUUUAAUUAUUGAAGCAGCUGUGCUGAAUGUGCUGCAGAAGACACCUAUGAAAUAUGGUUGUUUUUAAAACAUGCAUUGUGAAAGAUGUAUAAUAUCCUCUGUGUGUGUGUGUGUGUGUGUGUGUGUGUAAUAUAUGUUGGGGCUAGCAUUGUGGCACAGCAGGUGAAGCUGUUGGCUGCGAUGCUAGCUUCUCAAUAUGAAUACCAGUUCCUGUCUUGGCUGCUCCACUUCCAAUUCAGCUCCCUACUAAUGGCCUGGGAAAAACAACAGCAGAUGGCUCAGGUACUUGGACCACUGCCACCCACAUAGGAUACCUGGAUGAAGCUCCUGGCUCCUGGCUUCAUCCUGGCUUAGCCCUGAUCAUUGGGGCCACUUAGUGAACCAACUGAUGGAAGACCUUUCUGUCUCCCUCAAUCUCUAAUUUUUUAAAUAAAUAAAUUUUUUUUAAAAAAAUAUGCUUACAUAUGAACAGAACAUCUCUGGAAUGAUAUUCAAACUCCUGGGAGUGAGAUUGGGACAUGACUUUUCCAUGUAUACACCUUCUAUUAGCAUAUUUUUACUCUGAGCAUAAAUUGUAUAAUUUUUUAAUAAAAAGGAAAAAAUGACAAA